GAAAGUGUAGUACCGACGACGACGAUGCAAGAAGGAUAGAACAGCCAAGAAUCGUCUACUGUGUGGUCGUCCAGCGGACACAACCAUUGAGGGAGAAUCGGCAGCGCCAUCUCGGGCCGCGCGAGUGUCCUGUUCCGAUUUUGUUGCGGAAGGUGACGGAAGAAACGACGGUGCGAAUCCUCAAAUUGUCGCGGUCGGGUUUUGUGCGGCGGAUACAGUGACCUCCAGCUCGCGGACGGAUCGAUGGCUCGUUGACAGCGCGACGACGGAACGGAACGUGACGGACGGUGGUGGGCGAAGAAGUGAGUGGUGAGGAGAUUUUCUCCUGUGUGUUAGAAAGGGGGCCCCGUGAAUGGCUUUUUUCGAUGUGAAGUCGGUGGUGUUCUUCUGCUUGAUUCUGCAUGGUUUUGGGGAGUUUUGUUCAGCGUGUCGUGUCCGUGCGUUAGUCCCUGCGGGGAAUACGGUGGACACAGAGCUUCGGGAAGUCCUCAAUUAGAAUGAUCCCUGCUGAACGGGGCAGAAGCUUGAAUGAAGUGGAAAGGCACGAGUGAGACGCAUGCAGCACACAAUACCAAAGGGGGAAAGAAGAAAAAGUAACACCAAGUUCGGGGCUGGUGUUAGUGAGGGGUUACAGAAAUUGCAUACAUGGCGUAUUGCGAACGGGAGUAAUAAUUCCAAAAUUUGACGGAUUCAUGAAUUGGAUCUACGGUGUACGAAGGUGCGAACGUUCAGCAUCUGAAUCAAGCUAGAUCAGCACAGGAUCAUACGCGAGUCAAUCCAGUGGGAACCAACAGAAGAGUCGAUCCAUUCGGCUGGAGAAGACUGUCAUUAACCAGCCGUACACGCACACUAGGAAGAACCAGAAAGAGAUUCCUAUUUGAUUGAUUUUUGCUCCGCUGCGACUCUGCUUCUUCUUGACCGUGUGUGCCCGUAGUGGAUACACACUCAACACAUUCCGGUUCUCCGUUCUUGUGGAUAAAAAGAAGAAAGAACAAGGAGUCACACUGGGGAGCACACACAGCAGUUCGCCAAAACGAUCAUUUCGCCAUCAAACCCAUGGAUUACCUUCGAGAGAAAAAAAUUACGAAGAAUCGUGAAAAGUGAAUAAAAUCGCGUUUCGUGUGAAUCUUCUGCUCGUGUUUCUUUCCACCAAAUUGGGGUGAUUCCAUUGUUGUUCGUCAUUUAUAUCGGUUACCCGAAAAAAGCAAAAUAAAGGCAAAGGAAAUCAAUAUUGCAGUAUAGUGUGUGCUCAAUGUGUGUCUGGGUGCGUUUGUGUGCUUGUAUAUUUAUCGCAAAAUAGAGUGAAAGAAGCAGAGAGGAAGAAAACCGCCCAAAAACGGAAGGAAGAUCACGCGCUGUUUCGGUUUUUCUCCGUUUUUUGCUUUAUUUAUUUGGGUGUGUGUAAGUGUGUCUGUUUCAUAUUGUAAUUAUUGCUAUUUUCGGUCACGUUUCGUGUGAAAGCACAGCCGCGAACCUUUCCGGAGGCCUUUUUUGGCGCCCUGUGUUUGGCGGAAAAAGCAGCCAGCUCCAAUCCGGCGAUAACGACGACGACGACCACGGAGAAGAGCGAAAACCGCCGGAAGAAAUGUCCAGCGAAGAAGACAAACCUCCGGCGCCACCGGUUCGGCUCACCAGCAACCGCGGGGGCGGCGAUCGGAUCGAUAGUGCCGCUCCGGUCGACAUGAAGCCACUGCCAAAAGAACCGGAUGACGCGGACCGCAAGAAAAAGACGCUCAAGAACAAGAUCAAGGUCUCCAAAGCGUCCCACAACGACUCGAAGCCGAACAUCUCGUACCCGACGAACUUCGAGCACACGGUGCACGUGGGCUUCGACGCCAUCACCGGCGAGUUCACGCUGCCUUUGAAAGGCAUGCCAGAGCAAUGGGCGCUCAUGCUGAAGAACUCCAACAUUAGCAAGCAGGAGCAGAAGAAGAACCCGCAGGCGGUGCUGGACGUGCUCAAUUGGUUCGACAACAGCAGCAAGCAGCGGCCCAGUUCCAAGUAUAUGACCCACGGUCUGCACACCACCACACACUCUGCAUCGUCCAUAGGUUCGUCGCUGAGCCGGGUCAGCAGCAGCAGCCCGAGCAGCACCCCGACCGACUCGGAAUCGCACGGCGGUGGCGUCGGCGGCCAGGUCCAUCUGUCCAGUUCGCACUCGCAGGCGUACAGCUUAGGACCGCUGUCCUCGCACCACAACUCGGCCGGCGACCACGACAGCGACGAACUCGGCGGCAUCAGCAGCAGCGGGGGCAGCAUCGGCACCGGAAGUGGUGGUGGUGGCGGCGGUGGCGGCCUCGGCGGCACCAACAAUGGCGGAGUCAUCCCGCCGCUCAUCGCGAGCCGACCCGAGCGGACCAAGUCCAUCUACACGAGGCCUAUCGAUGACGGAACGACAACGACGCCGCUCUCCCCGCCCAUACCUCCGCACCUCGGCAGCAACGCGCUCAACGCCGGCGUCCGCAGUCCCACCUUCGACAAGAACAAAAACUCGACGACGAUCCUCACGUCGACGGUGAACACCAACUCGACGACUGCGGCCGCCGCCGCCGUCCCCCAAACGCCGAACAUUGCCGCCACCGCCGCCGCCCUCAGCAAUCUGAACAACGCCAACAGUCAACUGGCGACGGCGCAGCCCCAAGCGAUACCAACGGGCACGACGCAAACGACGACGGUCGUGCCGGCCGUUGGGUCUACGACGACGACCACGGCAACCGCCACCAAUGAGACCACGAACCAGCAGCGGACCAACACCAAGAAGAAGAAAAUCUCCGACGAAGAGAUUCUCGAACGGCUGCGAUCGAUCGUCAGCGUGGGCGAUCCCAAGCGGAAGUACAAUCGGAUGGAGAAGAUCGGCCAGGGCGCGUCCGGCACGGUGUACACGGCGAUCGAGAGUUCCACCGGCAUGGAGGUCGCCAUCAAGCAGAUGAACCUCAGCCAGCAACCCAAGAAGGAACUGAUCAUCAACGAGAUCCUGGUGAUGCGAGAGAACAAACAUCCGAACGUGGUCAACUACCUGGACAGCUAUCUGGUGUCCGAGGAGCUGUGGGUCGUCAUGGAGUACCUGCCGGGAGGUUCGCUCACCGACGUCGUUACCGAGACCUGCAUGGACGAGGGCCAGAUCGCUGCGGUUUGCCGCGAGGUGUUGCAAGCGCUGGAGUUCCUCCACAGCAACCAGGUCAUCCAUCGGGACAUCAAGAGUGACAACAUCCUGCUCGGGCUGGACGGCAGCGUCAAGCUGACCGACUUUGGCUUCUGCGCGCAAAUCUCCCCCGAGCAAGCGAAACGAACCACGAUGGUGGGCACGCCGUACUGGAUGGCCCCCGAAGUCGUCAACCGGAAGCAGUACGGACCAAAGGUCGACAUCUGGUCGCUCGGCAUCAUGGCGAUCGAGAUGAUCGAGGGUGAGCCGCCCUACCUGAACGAGAACCCGCUGCGGGCGCUCUAUCUGAUUGCGACGCACGGCAAGCCGGAGAUCAAGGAAAAGGAAAAGCUCAGCCCGGUGUUCCAGAGCUUCCUCGACCAGUGCCUCGAGGUGGAGGUGGAGUCGCGGGCGACGGCCUGCGAGCUGUUGAGGCACCCCUUCCUGAAGCUCGCCAAGCCGCUGUCCACGCUGGUGCCGCUGAUUAUGGCCGCGAAGGAAGCCACCAAGGGCCACUGAGACCGGGAGCAGGAGGCGCCAAAGGGCAAUAACAAUUCGCGUUGUGAUGACCAUCAGAAGCAGGAGGAGGGGGAGGACGAGGAGAUCACGAUGGAUCAUCCCCUCGACGAGUCCAGUGAUGGGAAUAAAGAGGGGGGAGGUGUUUGAGAGAGUGAAUGAGUGUGUGUGAGAGAGAAUGAGAGAGAGCGAGAGAGCUAUUAUUACCUAAACGAGAAACAAGUGAAAAGUCAACCAAUAUUAAAUGUGUAAGUGCAGAAAGCGAAAAGUAAAAGUAAAUUAAAACAAACACUAUAUUUAAAACAUGUUACAUUUAAGCCCAGGAAAGUCUAAAAAGCGUUGUUAGAAUGGAAGCGUGUUUCUUCCCCAAACAGGAACAAUAACAGAGAGAGAGAAAGAAAGAGAAAACGUAAAAGUGUGAGAAAUAUUAAGAGUAACAAACUGGAGAAAACACAACGCUGAGAGAAGGAAGGAAAAAGAUAGGCGCGUUUUUGUAAAUAUAGAGUACAAAAAAACAGCAAACGGCAAAAAGUUGCAUGAAAGCGGAAGCAAUUGUUCUCUCGCACAUAACUUUGACCAUCGGAACUUGAUCUGCUUUUGUUCGUUUUCUUUCCUCGAGAGAUGGUUGAACUGACUGACGCGUUGCGUGUGCGUGUGUGUGUGUUUGGAAGUUCGCUCAAACACAAAUGUCAAGGGUAAGACGGAGAAAUUCUUAAAUUCUCUAAAGCAAAAAUAUACAAAAACAAA